GUGUCCUAUUAUUAUUAUUACACAGGAGGAGCAGCCUGUGGUGUCCUGUUAUUAUUACUAUACAGGGGGAGCAGCCUGUGGUGUUCUGUUAUUAUUAUUAUUAUUAUACAGGGGGAGCAGACUGUGGUGUCCUGUUGGUAGAUGCUAAAAUCAAGUGGGCUAAGUGACCUUUUCCGUCUGGGGGAGGAGUCACGACACAAGGGGGAGGAGCUUGGCCAGCGGGAUAGUAUUACAUUUAGUAAUCAGGUGGCGAGCGAAGCGAGCCCGAAGUGUGGCGAGCGUUCUUUUAGGGUACCCUGUUCGGCCGGAGCUCCUCCCCCUGGUGAUGUGUCUAGGUACGUCACAAGUCCCCUUCUGCCACUCCGAUAUAGACUCAACCGUGUCCUGUUGUUGUUAUACAGGGGGAGCAGCCUGUGGUGUCCUGUUAUUACUAUUAUACAGGGGGAGCAGCCUGUAGUGUCCUGUUAUUACUAUUAUACAGGGGGAGCAGCCUGUAGUGUCCUGUUAUUUUUAUUAUACAGGUGGAGCAGCCUGUUGUGUCCUGUUAUUAUGCAGGGGGAGCAGCCUGUGGUGUCCAUGCGGAACUCCAGCUGUGAGGAACGGAGUCUUUAUUACACAUCACACGUUCUGUAUUCUCUCUGAUUCACUGAGGAUGGACAAGGACAGGAGUCACAGGACUGAGAGGAUAAUAAAUAUCACCCUGGAGAUCAUCUACCUGCUGACUGGGGAGGAUUACACAAUAGUGAAGAAGACAUCCGAUGAGUAUGAGACAACCAGCAGCCAUCCCCCUGUAUCAGGGGGACUGAGUAGAACCCAGAGCCCCAUCACCGUGCCUCCACCUCACUCACUGACACAUGAGAGACAAAAUGAUCAGAAGAUCCUGGAACUCACCAAGAAGAUCAUUCAGUUGCUGACUGGAGAGGGUGAAGCCCAAUUAAAUAAUAUUAAAGUCAAAGAUACAGAGGGAGAAGAAGAGACGUAUUUGACUGAUAUAAAGGCAGAAGAUAUAGAGGGAGAAGAAGAGACGUAUGUGACUGAUAUAAAGGCAGAAGAUAUAGAGGGAGAAGAAGAGACGUAUGUGACUGAUAUAAAGGCAGAAGAUAUAGAGGGAGAAGAAGAGACGUAUAUGACUGAUAUGAAGGUAGAAGAUAUAGAGGGAGAAGAAGAGACGUAUGUGACUGAUAUAAAGGCAGAAGAUAUAGAGGGAGAAGAAGAGACGUAUGUGACUGAUAUAAAGGCAGAAGAUACAGAGGGAGAAGAAGAGACGUAUGUGACUGAUAUGAAGGCAGAAGAUAUAGAGGGAGAAGAAGAGACGUAUGUGAGGGGUGAUCAGCAGUGUAAGGAGGAGGAGAUCCCUACAGAUAUCAGCAGAGCAGAUGGACACACAAGCAGGAAUAUCUCAGAAGGACAUCUAAUGUUAUCCCCGGAUUGUGACAUAAAAGAUAAUGACAGCAGACAGGAUUCUCCAGGAGAUAACCCCAUUACCCCAAUUAUACAUCCAGCUCUAUCAGCUGGUCCCUCUGAUCCUGGGAAAUGUUCUCCUGAUCACUCUAAUAUUGGUGCAUCUGUUACAGCUCUGACAGUAGAUACAGUGUUUCCGUGUUCUAUAGAUGCCAAAUGUUUUACACAAAACACAAAGCAUAUUAACCCACAUACAGGUAAGGCAGGUGAAAGGCCACUGAUAUGUUCUGAGUGUUGGAAAUGUUUUACAUACAAAUCAUAUCUUGUUAAACAUCAGAGAAGUCACACAGGUGAGAGGCCAUUUCCAUGUUCUGAGUGUGGGAAAUGUUUUACACUGAAAUCACAUCUUGUUACACAUCAGCGAACUCACACAGGUGAGAAGGCAUUUCCAUGUUCUGAGUGUGGGAAAUGUUUUGCACACAAAUCAGAUCUUGUUAAUCAUCAGAGAACUCACACAGGUGAGAAGCCAUUUCCAUGUUCUGAGUGUGGGAAAUGUUUUACACGGAAAUCAUAUCUGGUUACUCAUCAGCGAACUCACACAGGUGAGAAGCCAUUUCUAUGCUCUGAGUGUGGGAAAUGUUUUGCAAACAAAUCAGAUAUUGUUCAACAUCAGAGAAGUCACACAGGUGAGAAGCCAUUUCCAUGUUCUGAGUGUGGGAAAUGUUUUACACGGAAAUCAUAUCUUGUUACUCAUCAGGAAACUCACACAGGUGAGAGGCUAUUUCUAUGUUCUGAGUGUGGGAAAGGUUUUGCACACAAAUCACAUCUUGUUAUACAUCACAGAAGUCACACAGGUGAGAACCCAUUUGCAUGUUCUGAGUGUGGGAAAUGUUUUGCACACAAAUCACAACUUGUUAGACAUCAGCAAAGUCACACAGGUGAGAGGCCAUUUCUAUACUCUGAGAAAUAAAGCAGCUCUUGUUGCACACAAUAGACAUCACUCAGGUGAGGAACUAUUUUAAUCUUCUGGAGUAUACUUAUCAUUGCCAUGCGUUGUUCUUCAAGGUUCUUAUUCUAUCUCCUAUGCUUUUUGCAAUAUACAUGCUACCACUGGGUGAAAUAAUCAGAUGUCAUGCCCUCAUCUACCACUGCUAUGCAGAUGACCUGUCUUUUGCUCUGGGUACUGAGAACCCAGUACCAAUCCUAAAUGGUUGUCUAGCUGAGCUCCAGGUAUGGGUGAUACCAGUUGGCUGUGAUUCAGUCCUGGUGAAACAGGUCUUUAAGCUCACCACCAAAGGGCAGGGCUACAGUUCAGCUUUGCAAACCAACCAGACUUACGCUUGGGGGUUCAGAGUUACAAAAUGCUGAUCAUGUGCGGAAUCUUGGUGUCCUGGAUGGUGGAGUGACACUUAGACAUCAGUAUCUGCCACAAUCAGAUCCUCAUCUGAGGAACAUAGCCAGACUCCAGCACUUUAUUCCCUCAGAAGAUCUACCUACAGUCAUACAUGCACUUGUAUCAUCACACAUAGACUACUGCAAUGUCCUCUACCUGGGUCUCCCAGCAAUAGAAUUGCACCGCUUGUAGCUUGUACAGAAUGCAGCAGCCAAGCUGUUACCUAACCAGCUUGUUCCUGCCACAUAACACCCAUUCUCUGCUCCCACCACCGGCUGCCUGUAAGAUGGUUACUCUUACAUAAUCUCACUGACUCUCCCAAUCCUACAUGACCAGGAUCCAUGGUACCAGAAGCAGCUUCUGCCUCCUUACUGCCCAGUUACUUCCACCUGCAGAUGUAGGACUGUUACCAGCAGUACCAAGAAUCCUCAAGCAGUGCUGAGAGGUCAGGGGUGAGACAGGGUGGUGACACUAGUGCUGUAGUAGGGGCUGCCGGAGGCACUGUCUGUAUGUAAUAUUGUCCUCAAGCAGCGCUAAGGUGUAAGAGGGGAGACAGGGCAAUGGCAGUUGUGGGCAGAGACGGGGCAGUGGCAGUAGUGGGGGGAGAUGGCGGUGGCAGUAGUGGAGGGAGACGGGGCUGAUGCAGUUGUGGGGGAGAGACUGCAGUGGCAGUUUUGAGGGAGAAGGGCGGUAGCAGUAGUGGAGAGAGACAGGGCAGUGGCAGUAGUGGGAGACAGAGCGGAUGCAGUUGGGGGUAGACAGGGCAGUUGCAGUAGUGGGGAGACUCGUCAGUGACAGAAGUGGGGGGAGA